AUGACAUAUUGGUAUAUUUCUGUAGAACACGUGUAUAUUGGUUGCUACAAUAAGGAUAUGCUGUCUGGUCCUAGGUAUGAAUAUCCAUUUGACGAAUGUCUGGAGUUUUGCAAUACAAAUGGUUAUGUAUAUGCUGGAGUACAGUUAAUGUAUAGGUGUACUUGUCGGAAAGAAGAUGAACUUGAUUCUUCAUUGAAAGUAGAUGAUUCACGUUGUAAUAUACGUUGUGGCGACGACCAAUACAUAUGUGGUGGUCCGGUACCAUGGAUCAUGGCCGUAUAUCAUAUUCUGGAACACAUGUAUAUUGGUUGCUACGACGUCAAAGGUGGGAAUAUGCUUUCUGAUCCUGAGUAUAUGACUUUCGACUUCUGUCUGGAGUUUUGCCAUCGGAAAGGCUAUUUAUAUGCUGGCAUACAGUUCAAGACGGGGUGUUUUUGUGGAAAAGAAAAUGAACUUGAUUCAUCAUUGAAGAUAGAGGAUUCACAAUGUGAUCAACGUUGGGAGAUUGCCGUAUAUCUUAUACUGGAACACAUGUAUAUUGGUUGCUACGACGUCAAAGGUGGGAAUAUGCUUUCUGAUCCUGAGUAUAUGACUUUCGACUUCUGUCUGGAGUUUUGCCAUCGGAAAGGCUAUUUAUAUGCUGGCAUACAGUUCAAGACGGGGUGUUUUUGUGGAAAAGAAGAUGAACUUGAUUCCUCAUUGAAGAUAGAGGAUUCACAAUGUGAUCAACGUUGGGAGAUUGCCGUAUAUCUUAUACUGGAGAAAGAAACCGUAUCACCGGAUGAAGUUGGUUAUUCCACGGAAACAGCAGAAUCAUAUACCAGUAGUACACAGUCCCAUAUAGAGGCAAACUACUGUUCUUGUCCAUGUAAGACGACAGUAUCUAAAUGGGAUACCAUUCUUAACUCUGAUAUUUCAAAAGAAGAACUACUUCAGUUAAUAGAAAAGGAAGCUGAACAAAUUCAAAAAGAUAUUGCUGUCGACAAAAAGACUAUAAGUUCCUACAUAAGACGUCAAUCUUGCGCUACAGACAAUAGACCGACGUCGAUGACCGCCGGAAUACUUGCAGUAACAAUUAUUGUAUUGGUAUUCAUGUUUUUUAUUUGUAUAGAUUGCAUUUCGGUUUACCAAAAAUGCACAAAAUGAAAAUGGAAUUAUUUACAUAUUGAUACAUGUUCUUAUUCUUUGAUAUUUUGGUUUAUAAAACUCUUGUGUACAGGUGACUUGUAAUGUAAACGUAAACUAUAUCUACAUGACUAAAAUGUUCAA